UGGGUCUCUGCAAAUGUCCCAAGAGAAAAGUUACAAAUCUUUUUCUGCUUUGAGCACCGGGUCAAUGUUUGUGAACAUUGCCUGGUAGCCAAUCAUGCCAAGUGUAUCGUACAGUCAUACCUACAGUGGCUUCAGGACAGUGAUUACAACCCAAACUGUCGUCUCUGCAAUACACUGCUUUCAUCUAAGGAUACUGUACGCCUUGUUUGUUAUGAUUUAUUUCACUGGUCCUGUCUGAAUGAUCUGGCCUCCCAGUUGCCACCAAACACAGCACCCGCAGGGUACCAAUGCCCAAGCUGCCAGGGACCCAUCUUUCCCCCCAGCAAUCUUGUCAGCCCAGUAGCCUCCACACUGCGGGAUAAACUCUCACUGGUCAACUGGGCUAGAGCAGGGCUUGGCCUUCCUUUGAUCGAGGAGCCAGAGUCUAUAGAUGAUAUCUCCCAGCAUGACAUCACAGAUUACAGGGACUGGUCAGUUGUGAACUCAUCUUCUGAUCACCUAUUGGAAAGUCCAGAAUUAGCACAGCAGACAGGGUAUCUGUACAACUCUGUGCCCGCACCUAUAGUACAGCAUGGGUUGUCAGGAAGCACAUCAAAAGACCAUCCUGUCAUUCUUGGAGACACUGGAGGGGAGAGUGUGGCUAUUAAUGCAGCCUCCACUCCUAGGAAAAUCUAUGAUACUCGAGAUGCUGCUGGCUCCCAAGACACAGUGAUCGAUUUUGAUGAUGACAAAUACAGGAGGAGACCGACACUGAGCUGGUUGGCAAGGAUACUACGCAACCGUGCUGGUUCGAAGUCCCGGCCAGCUUCCAAACCAAACAGCGGUUUUUCAUUGUCCUAAUAAUUGGUGUGUUAGGCUUCCUUACCCUAAUUUUACUUAUGUCCAAAUGGGGUAGAGCAUCGGCUGAAAAUGACCCGAAUCUUGACCCAUUAUUGAAUCCUCACAUCCGGGUUGGACAAGAGUAG